UUAAUUUUCAACACACCAUUUAGUCUACAACUCCCCUCCACUAUAAGCAAUCUCAAAUCUUCUAUACAAAUCCCUCACUUUCAAGUCAAACCUGCGCAAAAGUCUUCACUGCAGUUCUCACUUCUAUUUCAACUUGUUUUGCUGCAAGAAUCCCUCUAGGUUCCCCAAACAUGUAGGAAUUGUAUCCCCAGCCUAGUACUAUAUAUAGAAACUCUUGAUCAUUUAAUAUUUACCUGCAUGCCAUAGUACAAAUAACUACUAGCUAGCUAGUAGUAGUAUUGUAUUGGUUUAUUAUCCAAAUAAACAUGGUAUUCGCAGGCAGCAACGCAAGCCCUAUGACAUCCCUAACCCUACAAAUCCUCGCCGGCCGGUGGUUCAUGAUGUUCGCAUCGUUUCUCAUCAUGGCGGUGGCCGGUGCAACUUACAUGUUCGGCCUCUACUCUGGUGACAUCAAAGGCACGCUAGGGUAUGACCAAUCAACCCUAAAUCUCCUCAGCUUCUUCAAAGACUUGGGAGCCAACGUCGGAGUCCUCUCGGGCCUCAUCAACGAAGUUACCCCGCCCUAUGUGGUUCUCUCCAUGGGCGCAGUUCUUAACUUUUUCGGGUACUUCAUGAUUUGGCUUGCGGUCACCAAACGAAUCUCGACUCCGCAAGUUUGGCACAUGUGUUUGUACAUAUGCAUAGGAGCCAACUCGCAGUCCUUUGCGAACACCGGAGCUCUUGUCACUUGUGUGAAGAACUUCCCGGAGAGCCGUGGCGCGGUGCUCGGGAUCCUCAAGGGCUUUGUAGGACUCAGCGGAGCGAUUAUUACACAAAUUUUCCAUGCGGCCUAUGGGAAUGAUACGAGGUCUCUUAUUCUGCUCAUAGGCUGGCUUCCCGCGGCUGUUUCCUUUGCAUUUCUACGUACAAUUCGGAUUCUGAAAGUCAUUCGACAAGCCAAUGAACUCAAGAUUUUCUACAAAUUUCUCUACAUCUCACUUGGGCUUGCCGGUUUCAUCAUGGUGGCCAUCAUUGUAGAUAAACAAGUCACGUUCACCAAGAAUCAGUUCCGCGGCAGCACUGCUGUCGUCGUAUUCCUUCUCAUGCUCCCCCUGGCAGUUGUUGUAAAAGAAGAAUACAACAUCUGGAAGGCUAAACAGCAAGCACAAGAAGUUUCCCUCUCCCAGGUGAAUGUCAUCACCGAGAAACCAUCUCAAGAACCUCCUGUACCAGUAUCAACUCAACCGCAACCCUCACCGCAGCACGUUGCUUGCAUGCAAGACGUGUUUAGCCCCCCGGAAAGAGGAGAAGACUACACUAUAUUCCAAGCACUCUUCAGCAUGGACAUGCUAAUCCUCUUCAUUGCAAUCACCUGUGGCGUCGGUGGCACGUUAACCGCUAUCGACAAUUUAGGCCAAAUUGGAAUAGCACAAGGAUACUCGAAGCACAGCAUUAGUACAUUCGUGUCACUUGUGAGCAUAUGGAAUUACCUUGGGAGAGUAGUAGCCGGUUUUCUCUCCGAAACCUUGCUAAAAAACUACAAAUUUCCGAGGCCUCUCAUGCUCACAUCCACUCUCGUUUUAUCAUGUGUUGGCCAUCUUCUCAUAGCUUUUAAUGUCCCUAAUUCCCUUUACUUCGCAUCCAUAGUGAUAGGGUUUUGCUUCGGUGCACAAUGGCCACUGCUCUUCGCCAUAAUCUCCGAGAUUUUCGGCCUAAAAUACUACUCCACGUUGUAUAACUUUGGGUCCGUGGCAAGUCCGAUUGGACUGUACGUGCUUAAUGUACGUGUCACCGGUCAUUUAUACGACAAGGAGGCCUUGAAGCAACUGAGAGCUUCCGGGAGGACUCGGGUUCCGGGAGAGUCAUUGGAAUGCACCGGAGACGAAUGUUUUAAAUUGGCUUUUAUUAUAAUCAGUGUUGUGACGAUGUUCGGUGCUCUUGCUUCGGUUGUUUUAGUGAUGAGGACUAGGAAGUUUUAUAAAAGUGAUAUUUACAAGAAGUUCCGGGAGGCCGCUGAACGGGAGGAUCCUUUGCCUGUAAAUGAUGUUCCACCGACAAAAUCGUGAUACGUCUAAAAUCUCGUCUAUUAUUUUAAAAUUUUAAAUGAACGGGUUCUGAUAAAUACAUUGAUAGUCAAAAUAUGAUGUAUAGUGUACAUGUGAAAACCCCCAGGAAAAUGUGGAAAAAUUUGCAUAAGUUUGUACCAUUUGAUUCUUUAUUCUGAAAGUUUAAAGAUUUUAUCAAAUCUAGCGAGGGGUUGUUUUUUUCCUACAA